AAUAGAGUGGAAUGGAUACCGAGGAUCAUAUAAUUGAUUCCGAAUAAUUUGGGAUUGAAGCAUAGUUGACUGAUCAAUUUAUUUGAGCCGGGGGUCUAUCGGAAACAGCCUCCCUACCCGUCAAAAGGUAGGGGUAAGGUCUGCGUACACUCUACCCUCCCCAGACCCCACUUGGUGGGAUUUUACUGGGUGCAUAGCUCCAAAGUUGGUAAAUUUCAAAAACUUUUGGAAUUUUGCAUUCACACAGGCAAAAUAGCAAAUAAUGGUCGCGAGCUAUGGAGAACUUUGAAGUAGGGGAAAUACCAUGUCGAAUUGCUUAGAGGGGAUCAAACAUUUAGGUGCUUCCCUGUUGAAGUGUUGUGAUAGGCAAUCAACGGGCCUUGAAGAUCCUGAGAUUCUUGCACGAGAGACAGUUUUUAGCGUCAGUGAGAUCGAAGCUCUUUAUGAGCUUUUUGAGAAGAUUAGCAGCGCUGUGAUUGAUGAUGGACUGAUCAACAAGGAAGAGUUUCAAUUGGCGCUAUUCAAGACAAACAAAAAAGAGAGCUUGUUUGCUGACAGGGUGUUUGACUUGUUUGACACAAAGCACAAUGGACUCUUGGGUUUUGAGGAGUUUGCGCGUGCACUCUCUGUUUUCCAUCCAAAUGCCCCAAUCGACGAUAAGACUGAAUUUUCUUUUCAGCUAUAUGAUCUCAAGCAACAAGGCUUCAUCGAGAGGCAAGAGGUGAAGCAAAUGGUGGUUGCUACCCUUGCUGAGACUGGUAUGAACCUUUCAGAUGAGAUUAUUGAGAGCAUAAUCGACAAGGUAUUGCACCAACCUACAACUAAAUACUAUUUUUUGUCUUUCUUUUAUUUGAAGGAGCGGUUUUCCUAUUUAUAACUACUUAAUUAAUAACUGACACAUGAACCUACUACUUUCCCUUGAUUAAUUGGCUUGCUGUCCAUGUCAUUAAAGUUUUGGCCCAUCUGGAUUCUAUCUUCUUCAAGGGCAGUAUCUCGGUUGCUUAGAACUAUGGGGAAAAGUAGCAACAUCUGAUCCCCGGUGGUCACCGUAACAUGACACAAUUCAUUGAUUUAAAGUGAGAAUAUAUCCGGGAACUAAGGUACCCAAGUGUGUGGCCUAGUGGUCAAUUAAGUGGGUUGAGAACCAUAAGGUUUUAGGUUCAAAUUCUAGCAGAGACAAAAAACACUAGGUGAUUUCUUCCCAUAUGUCCUAGCCUUAGUGGACAGAGCUACCUGGUACCCGUUGAUGGUGAGAGGUCACAGGUAUCCCGUGGAAUUAGUUGAGAUACGUGCAAGUUGGCCUCUACACCAUGGUUAUGAAUAUAUACAUAUAAGAAUGGAGCCAUUUAUAUUUUGCUGCUUCCAUGUACUAGAUACCACCUAGUAU